AUUUGACAUGAUAAACCUAUUUACUUUUAAAAGAUAUUUAAAUUGGAGUUAUAUUCGAUUUAUGAUUUAAAUGCUGAAUUUUAACUCAAAAGGCACUCUUCGUAAAUGCACGGCGAAAAGCGAAUUCUCAAAAUAUGACAACAGAAGAAUGAUUGAUUAAAUUAUUGUAUAUUGUUAUGUCAGUGUAAAUAUCUAAACGAAGAAUACAGUACAGCCCGUACAAGUGUUAAUAUGAACUAAUUUGAAUUUUAAAUCUCAACAUUAUUGUUCCCUUAUCCAAAUUCUCAAAUUUUUAAUAGAAUAUUUUGUGGACUUCAUAAUGUCUUUAUACCAGGAUAUAGAUUACAAAACUUCUGAAAUGGGGCAAACCAAAAUUCAUAAAGUAAAAUGGAUUAUACCUCAUAUUAACGAACUCCUUCAAAGCAACUGUCAAAAAGAAUUGCUUUCGGACAUCUAUGAAAAUACUUUAAGAGAUAAUGAUUCAAUGUUUCAUUUAAAAAUAAAACUUUUGGGUAGAGAAAAUGAUAUUAUUGAAAUCUAUUAUAUAUAUCCCAAAACCAUUUUUCUCAAAACAGCGCUGAGGUCAAAUUUGAAUCCAUUCCAUGACCAGUUGAUGGUGGAAAAUGAAUAUGUCACAAUCGAAGCUAAUUCAUGGCAAUACUUAUUUACACUAUUCAAACGUGACAUAAAUACAUCCCAGGGAAGGCAAACAUUCCUUCAAAGCAAUGGAAGCUUAUCACUUCAAUUUGAAUUCAAUGUGAGAACUGAUUUCAAAGUUGCUCAUGAAAAUCAAUCACUCGCAGACCUAAGCUGUAACUUUGAGAGUUUGCUACACAAUGAAUCAUUUUCCGAUGUCAUCAUGAAAUCCAACGAUGGUUACGAAUAUAAAGUUCACAAAGCAAUAUUGGCUUCCCGAAGUGAAGUUCUCAAAGGAAAUUUUCUACAUAACACUUUGGAAUGUCAAACCAAUAUUUUAGAAUCCCCAUUUGAAUCGGCAACACUUUCCCAAGUGAUAAUGUUCAUAUAUAGUGGAAAAAUUGCUAGAAUUGAUGAAAUACCAGAGACUCUUUUAGUUGCGGCCAAUUAUUAUCAGUUAAAGGGAUUAAAAACGUUAAGCGAAGAAGCUCUUCAUAGGAAACUGACAGUAGGUAAUGUUAUAGAGACAUUAAAAUUAGCCGACAUGCAUUCAGCAGAAAUGUUAAAGAAGAAAUGUUUAGAGUUCAUUAAAGAUGGUCAAGCUAAACUUAUAUUAAAAACAGAAGGCUGGGCCAAAGAGGAAUCCGUGGAACUUAUAAAAUUAAUAUACGAAUAUGUUAUCGAUGAUGAAAAAUAUUGAUAUAUGUAUAAAUUUAAAUUGUUUCACAAUAAUAUAAUAUUUUCUUUGUUAAAUGUGAUCUCACAAAAAUGUUAAAAAUUUAUUUUUAUUACUUUUUAAGUAUGUCUGUUUAUAAAUAUAGAUGUUUAAGAAAUUUCAUACAUUUAAAGUAUGUUUAUAGAAGUUUAGCAAUAUUUUAUGUAUACUAUCACAUCAGAUAUAUAUUAAAAAUAAUGUUUAUUCCUUUAAUAAUUCACAAUAUGCAGAAAACUAGGCUUGUGAAAAGUUAAUUUGUUAUUUAUAAAUUUAGUUAAUACUGGUAAUCUGAUUUUGUGUUAAAUAAUUUCUAUUUAUUUAGCUUUUAAGAGGUUAAGGAUGGUUGUUUUCUUGUUAUAGAAUGGUUUACAUUAAACAAAUAUUGAGUCACAUUGAGAUAAAAUAUUUAUUUAUCAUCACUUUGACUGUCACUGUCACUAGAGUCACUGCUGUCUAUAUCACUGGAAUAACUUUUCAUAUGAGCUCUGUUUGUGUUUACAAAUAAGUCAUCAUCAUUUUCCUUGAGCUCUUCCUUUUUGUUAUCAUCAAAUUCCUUAGGCCACACAUUAUUUUCCUUGUAAUAUUUUAUAGAGCCCUUAUUCAUUAUUUUAACUAUUUCCGCUUUCACUUUAUCCCCUUCCUCGAUUGGUUCCACUAGAAUGUAAUCGCCUCGUUUUACCCAAAUGUUUUUUCGAAAUUUUCCCGGCAUAGAUACCAAGUAUUCCUCUCCAGUAGGCGUUUGUAUCUGUAAAAGUAUGAGUAAAUAAAGUCCCCGCUAAUUUAUUUACAAUUUUAAAGCAAAACUUUCAAAAGAAGCGUGAAAUGUUAUGCUUUAUUACCUCAUGAAGAUUAUUUCCUCUACUUUUCAAAACUUUAACUAUACUUUGAUUUUCUUUAGGCAACUCAUAGUCGUCCCAUAAUGUUUCGUUCAUCACAUGUUUCCUCUUUGUUACUUUCGACAUUUUCACUGUUUUAUUUUUAAAAACAUUUAUUUAAACUGAUCAUAAUAACGUGAAUUUAUAACCUUCAUCUUGAGUAUUGACAUUGACAUCCAGACAUUUUGACACAACAUGAUUUGGAUUACAGGUAUUUUACGUGCAAUGAAUGAAAACUUAACAUAAGGCCAAAAUUGAAUGAAAUUUAGGAAUUGCUAUCUGCAAUGAAUUAGAACGAAUAUAAUAUAAAUAUAUGUUGUUGUUGUUAAUGAAAUAUAUACGUUUUAUUUGAGAAAGAA